AUGACAGCUCUAUUUUUUAUCAGUACACUUGUCCAUGCUUUCAUUAUUCCCUGCGCUGUUGAGUCCUCGCCAUCUUUACAUCCCCACACAAGCAAUGCUACCGAUGAGCAGGCUCUGUUCGCAUUCAAGUCAGCAAUCGAGUAUGAUCAAUUCAAUUCAUUCGCAACAUGGACUUCCAACGUCUCAUUCUGCAAUUGGAAAGGGAUCUCCUGUUCUCACCGCAGGCAGAGGGUCGUAUCUCUCAAUCUCUCCACCGUGGGUUUGGUAGGUACCAUCUCCCCUUCACUCGGCAACCUCUCAUUUCUUAGGAUUCUUGACCUCAGUCAGAAUGACCUUCGUGGUCAUAUUCCCCAUCAGCUAGGAAGCCUCUCUCGCUUACAGAUUGUCUACUUAUACACAAAUCGGCUGGAAGGUUCAAUUCCAACAACUCUUAGUGCCUGCCACAGUAUAACACACAUGUCUCUUUGGGAAAACUAUUUGGCUGGAGAGAUUCCUUCAGCUCUGGGUUUUCUUCCAAAUCUAGUUUCCAUUCGGCUUGGCCGAAAUAAUUUGACAGGUAGCAUUCCCGACACAUUGGGAAACAUAUCUUCUUUGAACUAUUUAGAUUUAGAUGAGAACAAUCUUGAUGGCUAUAUUCCAUGGGAACUGGGUAUGCUUUCUCAACUCAGUCAUUUGAGAUUGGCAUUCAACCAUCUUACUGGAGGAAUACCUUCCUCCUUGUCAAAUUGCACUUCCUUGCAGGGAAUGAGCUUAAUUGAAAAUCACCUAUCUGGAGAGAUUCCAACGAAGUUGUUCUCUAGGACUAUCCACUUGACAGAAUUGUAUAUGGGUGCUAACAAUUUCAGUGGCAGGAUUCCUUUCACUCUCUUCAAUUGUUCGCAACUUCAAAUUCUCGAGUUAGCCGACAACCGGCUGAGCGGAAUAGCUCCCUCAGAGUUGGGAAAGUUACGUAGACUUGAGCGCCUUUAUUUGUGGGGUAAUCAGUUUACUAGUGGUAGCACAGCAAGCUUAUCCUUCCUCACUGCUCUUAUUAAUUGUUCUCUUCUUAGAGAAAUAGACUACGCACAUAAUCAUUUCACAGGUCACAUACCCUCAUCCGUGGGACAGCUUUCUACACAUCUAGAAUUAUUAGGCUUGGAUGAGAACAGAAUAAUAGGAGAUAUUCCUUCGCAGAUUGGAAAUCUCACCGAUUUAACUAUGCUAGGUUUAGGUAGCAAUCUUUUGACCGGUGAGAUUCCUUCUGCAAUAGGGUUGCUCCAAAGGUUAGAGAGACUAUACCUGGAAUACAAUAAUUUACAAGGAAAGAUCCCAAUGGAGAUUGGCCAGGUAAAGAGCCUAGGUCUGCUAGCUCUCCAUCAUAAUAACAUUUCUGGAAAUAUUCCGGACUCCCUUGCCCACCUCCAGCAGUUAAGGUAUCUGUUUCUUGAUGCCAAUUUGUUGACAGGGACUAUUCCUUCAGGUUUAGGUGAGUGCAGAAAGUUGGAAGCGCUUGAUCUCUCAUACAACAAGCUCCAUGGACGCAUACCUCCACAGUUAGCAGCACUUACAAAUCUGCAUUCCUAUUUCAACCUUUCAAAUAAUUUCUUGGAGGGCCCCUUACCUGCAGAACUCAGUAAGAUGGAUAAAGUUCAAAUAAUAGAUAUUUCAGCAAAUCAGUUAACAAGUUUCAUUCCACGUGCAAUAGAAAAUUGCCAAGCACUUGAAUACUUGAAUUUUUCUUUCAAUAAACUCGAAGGUCCAAUUCCUGAUUCUCUAGAGAAACUUCAAUAUCUUAAAGUCAUUGAUUUCUCUUCCAACAAUUUGUCAGGAAGGAUACCUUUGACUUUAGAAAAGCUUAGAGCGCUUCAGUAUCUUAACUUGUCUAUAAACAAGUUGUCAGGAGAAGUCCCAAAAGAUGGUGUUUUCAAAAAGCUUAAUGCAACAUCAUUUACUAGAAAUCUUGGGCUAUGUGGGCCCUGGGUAAUGUUACCACCAUGCUUUGCUCCCAACAGGCAUCUAAAAAGUGUUUUCAUACCCAUUGGGAUUGCAGUGUUUGUUAUAUGUUCUGUGGUCAUGUUUUCCUUGUGGAGAUGCUAUGUCAGGACAAGGUCUAUGACCUUGCAAACCUUUGAAAUUGGCGCUCCGAAAAUUACAUUUCAAGAACUUCUCAUUGCAACUGAUGGGUUUAAUGAGGCCAACUUAAUAGGAGUUGGUAGCUUUGGAAAAGUGUUCAGAGGGGCUCUAAGAGAUGGCACGAUGGUUGCUAUCAAAGUUCUUAAUAUCCUGGAUGAAUAUGCACGGAAGAGUUUUGAUAGAGAGUGCAAUGUUUUAAGAAGAGUUCGGCAUAGAAAUCUUCUUAAAAUCAUAACCUCUUAUUCAGAUCCAGACAGGAAAGCCCUAAUAUUUCCUCUUGUGGCAAAUGGCAGCCUAGACAAGUAUUUAUAUCCUGCAGGUGACGAAAUUUCUCAAGGUCAACUGUUUCAGUUGGAUUUGAUUCAGAGGCUGAGCAUAGCGAUGGAUGUUGCACAAGGCAUGGAGUACCUUCAUCACCGAUGUUUUGCGCAAGUCAUCCAUUGUGAUCUAAAGCCCAGUAAUGUACUUCUUGGCGAGGACAUGACAGCCUAUUUGAUAGAUUUUGGCAUUUCAAGAUUGUGCCUAGGAAACUCCACGGAUUCAUACACUUCUACACAUAUCCUGAAAGGAUCGAUUGGAUACAUUGCUCCAGGUUUAAGUUCAAUUUGCUAG